AUGUGGGUCUUUGUGCGGCUGUUGCUGGCCUGGCUGGGGAGCUGGGGUUGUGCAGGGAGGCUGGUUGCCCCAGCCCAAGCAUGGGCUGGUAUCAGGGAGGGCCAGGGGCCUACGCUGCUUCGGGCAAGAAGGAGCUGGGUCUGGAACCAGUUCUUCGUCAUCGAGGAGUAUGCUGGCCCCGAACCUGUCCUCAUUGGCAGACUUCACUCAGAUGUGGACCGAGGUGAGGGCCGAACCAAGUACCUGUUGACUGGGGAGGGAGCAGGCACUGUGUUUGUGAUUGAUGAGGCUACUGGCAACAUCCAUGUCACCAAGAGCCUAGACAGGGAGGAGAAGGCCCAGUAUGUGCUGUUGGCCCAGGCUGUGGACAGAGCCUCCAACCGGCCCUUAGAGCCGCCCUCUGAGUUCAUCAUUAAAGUGCAAGACAUAAAUGACAACCCGCCAGUCUUCCCCCUUGGGCCGUACCACGCCACUGUGCCGGAGAUGUCCAAUGUUGGGACAUCAGUGAUUCAGGUGACAGCUCAAGAUGCUGAUGACCCUAGCUAUGGGAAUAGUGCCAAGCUGGUGUACACAGUGCUGGACGGGCUGCCUUUCUUCUCCGUGGACCCCCAGACUGGAGUGGUCCGGACAGCAAUCCCCAACAUGGACCGGGAAACGCAGGAAGUGUUUCUGGUGGUGAUUCAGGCCAAGGAUAUGGGUGGCCACAUGGGGGGGCUGUCGGGCAGCACCACGGUCACUGUCACUCUCAGCGAUGUCAAUGAUAACCCCCCCAAAUUCCCUCAAAGCCUAUACCAGUUUUCAGUGGUGGAGACUGCAGGGCCAGGGGCCCUGGUGGGCAGGCUUCGAGCCCAAGACCCAGAUCUGGGAGACAACGCCCUCAUGGCUUACAGCAUCCUGGAUGGGGAGGGGGCUGAGACUUUCAGUAUCAGCACUGAUGCCCAAGGCCGAGAUGGGCUUCUCACCAUACGCAAGCCCUUGGAUUUUGAGAGCCGCAGAUCCUAUGCCUUCCGUGUAGAGGCCACAAAUACACUCAUUGACCCAGCCUACCUGCGUCGUGGGCCCUUCAAGGACGUGGCCUCUGUCCGUGUGGCAGUCCAGGAUGCUCCAGAACCACCCAUCUUUACCCACUCCACCUACCACUUGGCUGUGCCUGAGAACAGUGCCCCGGGAACCCUGGUGGGCCGUGUCUCUGCUAUGGACCUCGACUCACCUGCCAGCCCUAUCAGAUACUCCAUCCUCCCCCACUCAGAUCCCGAGCGCUGCUUCUCCAUUGAGCCUGAGGACGGCACCAUCCGCACGUCUGUGCCUCUGGAUCGGGAAGCUCGAGCCUGGCACAAUCUCACUGUGUUGGCCACUGAACUUGACAGCUCUGCACAGGCCUCCCGGGUACAAGUAACCAUCCAGACGCUGGAUGUGAAUGACAAUUCCCCACAACUGGCUGAGCCCUAUGACACCUUUGUGUGUGACACAGCUGCCCCUGGCCAGCUGAUUCAGGUUGUCCGGGCUUUGGAUCGGGAUGAAGUUGGCAACAGUAGCUAUGUCUCCCUGAGUAGCCCCCUGGGUCCUGAUGCCAAUUUCACUGUCCGGGACAAUCGAGAUGGUUCUGCCAGUCUGUUGUUGCCCCACCGCCUAGUCUUGCCUCGCCGGGAGCCCUACCUGGUGCCCAUUGAAUUGCGUGAUUGGGGUCAGCCAGCACUGAGCAGCACAGCUACAGUGACAGUCAGCGUAUGCCGUUGUAAGCCUGAUGGCUCAGUGGCCUCCUGCCGACCGGAGGCCCAGCUCUCCCCAGCAGGACUCAGCACCGGAGCUUUGCUUGCCAUUCUCGCCUGUGUAGGCACCCUACUCGCCCUGGUGGUGCUGUUCGUGGCCCUCCGGCGACAGAAGCAAGAGGCACUAAUGGUGUUGGAAGAAGAAGAUGUUCGAGAGAACAUCAUCACCUAUGAUGAUGAAGGUGGCGGUGAAGAGGACACAGAGGCUUUUGACAUCACAGCCCUUCAGAACCCGGAUGGGGCAGCCCCACCUGCCUCAGGUCCACCCGCUCGCCGAGAUGUGUUGCCCAGGGCCCAGCCCCCUCGACAGCCACGGCCCCCUGGUCCUGCAGAUGUAGUGCAACUGCUGGCCCUGAGGCUUCGGGAGGCAGAUGAAGACCCCGGCGUCCCACCAUACGACUCUGUGCAGGUGUAUGGCUAUGAAGGCCGAGGCUCAUCUUGCGGCUCCCUCAGUUCUCUGGGCUCAGGCAGUGAGGCGGGUGGCCCCUCUGGGCCCCCUGAGCCCCUGGAUGACUGGGGGCCGCUUUUCCGUACCUUGGCUGAGCUGUAUGGGGCAAAGGAGCCCCCUGCCCCUUGAGGACUGGUCCUAAUCCUGCCUGUUUUUGUGGAGCCCCCAUCUAAGCUGUGCCCACUUACAUGCCCUCUACAAGGGAGCUCCACGGGGUCCAGUGGGCAGCAACCACCAGCCCAUGGGCCCACUGGUCCUUCCACUCCAAAUCUCUGGUCCUUUUCCUAUUGCUGUCUCUUUUCUCUAAUUCUUACCCCGUGGGUCCCUACCUGUCUCUCUUUGUGUGUCUCUUUCUCUGACUCCCUACAUCUUUCUC